GUUCUUUAGAAAAACGCUCUUGCUGUGCAAGAAAAUAGAAAGACGUUACGCAAAGACGUUUUAGCGCAUUCUAUUAGUUGAGUCGGUCAAGUGAAGCGAAACUGCUCUCCGCUACCAAAAGUGAAGGUUAAGAACCGCUAUGAGGUUUUUGCUGCCCCAGUUGUUUUUUUUGUUGUCGUUAUGGCAACAUAUUUUUGCUGGCCAACGAUGUGGUGAUCUCUACUUCAUACCAGGCUUUCUGUUGCAUAACAACACCAUUGUGACGACACUAACAAAUGAUAUCGAUUGCCGAGAGAGUUGCCAUAGAAACAAAGAUUGCUUGUCAAUAAAUUUUAAGGAGAAAGAAUCACGAUGCGAGUUGAAUGGUGCUUCACAUAUGACCCAUCCCCAAAUGAUUGGUGCAGACCCCAGCGCAUACUAUGUUCUGGUGGAACCGCCAAGCAAUUGCAGUGACGAGUUCUGUUCAAAGGAAAAAAAGUGCUUUCUGACAGGAAAAGGAGUGGCAUACAAAUGCGUCAAAGUCUGUGAACAAGGAGAUCCCCUGGGUAUGGAAUCAAGCGAUAUAAGCGACUCUGCACUGAACGCAUCAAGCUUCUUUAGCUCGGUAUUCAUGCCUAAAAAUGCUCGCCUGAACUCACCUUCUGGUGAACUCGGCUGGAUGCCGAAGGAGAACCUUGCUGGCGAGUACCUCCAGGUUGAUCUGGGACGUGAGAUGGAGGUCGCAAGAGUCGCUACACAGGGACGAAAUGGCUUUAAUCACUGGGUGACCAGUUACAAGAUCACCUACAGCUCCGAUCUUGAAUCCUGGCAAGUGUGCAAAGAGAAUGGAAUAGACAAGGUGUUUGAUGGUAACGUGGACAGCGUCAACGCUGUGUACCGCUCGUUCCCAUCACCCAUUCUAGCACGUGGAAUCCGGUUCGUCAUAGUUACCUUCUUUAGUCGCCCAGCUAUUAGGGUAGAGGUAUACGGAUGCAAGUAGAUAAACAAGCAAUCUCUUCAAGUUCGUUUUUGAGGGUAUAAUCCUAAGCCAUCCUCAAGUAAUAAGGGAUAAGCACUGGAAUGAUAUGUCUCUCAAUGAAAGACAAUUCAUCUCUGUUCAAAGGAUAAUAUUUUUUUUGCAAUUAUUCAUUUUUAUCAGCUUACACAGAAAGCUGUAAUAAAUCUUUUAUGCCUUAGUAUGACAUUUGAGUUUGCGAUCUAGCCAUAUCUGUGGAGAGAAUGUCCGCACUGGAAAUGCACCAAAACACAUCGUCCUAAUGGAAGAUGUUGUCCGGAUGUCUUAACACUCAUCCACUUGCUGCAGAUGCAUGGUAUAGCUAAUAAAAUAAAAUAAAAAUAUUAUAAUAUUA